GGUCUCCCUCUACCGGUAUUCGUCCCGUCCCAUCGAGCACAGCGUCCCGACUGACUACUCGGACCCUACUGCCGGCCUGACCCACCUGGCGAUGACCAAGAUCCCUUCCUCCCUCUCGUCGUCCUCUUCAUCACCAUCCCACCCUGAACGUUCUCUCGGCUCGGUCCUCAUCAACUACGGCGGCCCAGGCGUCUCUGGCUACACCUCGUCCUUCACGUUCGGCAAAAACAUCCACCGCUCGAUCGGAGGCAAGUUCGACGUCAUCUCCUGGGACCCUCGAGGGAUCGGUCGGACGAGGCCCGUAGUGGAUUGUUGGGGCGGGGAAUUGGAAGCAUCGGUCGUCAAGGCAAACAUGCCCGAAGAGUUAGGCUUGGAGGUCCUCCCCCGGCUCCAGCUUCACCACAACGACUCCUCCUCCUCAUCGUCCUCCAGCCCGGACCCGAUCCUGACGUUCCAACUCGAACGUUUCCUCGCCCAAAACAAACUCCAAGCAUCCCGCUGUGCCUCUUCGAACACUUCCAAUGCCGAAAUGUUGAAACACCUGGGGACGACGACCUUGAUCAAGGAUACCGAACGUAUCAACGCCGUGCUCGAAGGCCCCGAGGCCAUGAUCAACGGGAUAGGUGGGAGUUACGGGACGAUCUGGGCGGCUUACCUGUUAGGAAUGUUGCCUGGGAAAGUGGGCAAGGUCGUCGCUCAUGGAGUGGCCGAUCCCGUCAUGUGGGCGACAGAACACUACGAAUCCUACGACCUCCUCGACGUACUCUUGACGGACGCCGAGAAAUCGCUCGAAGCAUUCUACCGGGCAUGUUACGACGCUGGACAGACCGACUGUCCGCUCGUCCGGUCACGAGAUCACAGUUGGAGGGACAUACAGAGGAGGGUGGACGGGUUCCUCGAGGACGUCUACCAUGCGCCGUUGGCUGCGUGGGAGGCUCGUAGACCCGGUUUGGUUACCAGUGGAUAUAUCCGACAAUCGCUCUUCCAGACGCUGCAACUGCCGUCGCUCUGGAAACCGUUCGCCUCGGCCCUAUCCGACGCGAUGUACAACUCCAAGUCGACGGCCCUCCGGGACUUCUUGCUGCCUCCGACGUCCGUGUUGAACCAGGUCAGACUCGGCCAGACGGGUCAGAGCGACCUCAGCCGAUUGGCAGUCAGCUGUGCAGACGCGCCGAGAUACCGAGAGAACGAAAAGUUGCCCACCCCAGAGGGGAUGGCUAGUCGGCUGGAGAGGAUCAGAAGGGAAACUUCGCCUACCUUUGGAGCUACCGUGGCCAUGAUGGAACAACACGGCGGCUGCCAGUUCUGGCCUCAAAGCGACAAGCCCGCCGAGAGGUUCGAAGGCCCGUGGAAUACCACCCUCGCGAACCCGGUCUUGAUCAUGUCCAACGUCUACGACCCCAUCACCCCCUCGAUCUCUGGCGAGAAGAUGUCCGCCUUGUACGGCAACAUGUCUCGUCAUGUCGUCACGGAAUCGUUCGGCCACUCUUACCUCGCCUGGCCGCAGAGGUGCUGGUCGGGGGUCUUGACCGAUUACUUUGAACGUGGGAUUCUUCCUGAAGACGGACACCUGUGUCGGGCGACGGCAAACGAGACGAACGUAUUCAGAGAUUACAAACCGUGAUCGUCGACAUGAAACAACAGGCAGGUAGGGUAGACACCC